GUUCUUGGAAGGGUGGUGGACUGCUGUUAGUUUGCGCCGCUGUGUUUAUUGUUAAGGUUGUGUGGAUUUGCACUGCAGUAUCCAGUUUCUUACUGCAACAUUUAUUACAAGAUAAACCAGAAGAUGAGUUAAAAUUGCUCGCUGUUUUCCUGUGUGUGAGGAUUAUCAGACACUGCACUGCGGGGACGGACGGGGAGCUCACGACCAGAGGGGGAGGACCGUCUCGGCUUCAGGCACAAGAAGAGGGAGGGUGAAGAAUUUAAAGGGACAUUCUUAUCAGAACUUACAACACCGUGUUUAUUUCCAUUUGACUUCACAACAGACCUGUCUCACUACUUUGGGAUGUCAACUGCAGUUACCAAAAGUGGAAGUUCGUUAGUCACAGAAGAAAGCAUGAACGAAGGAAGGGUGAAAUACAAACUAUGAGACUGCACCAAAACUGAUCCCCCCCACUUGCUUUCAAGGAAACACUUUCAUCUGCCAGCAAACUGAUCUGGUGAUGGCUAACUCCGUGGCCCUGGUGGUCCAAGCAGAACUCUUACCUCCCCAGUCCGCUCCCCCACUCUCCUCCUUCCCAUCCCUUCUUGGUUCUGGAGAGGAUGGCGAGGAGGACAGGGAGGGAGGAGAGGUGUUGGAAGAAGAAGACAAGGGGGUAGAGGAAGGUGGAGAGGAGGUGGUUCUGGACAUGGUGACCUCGUCUUCGUCGGCUCAGCUGUCAGAACAGUCGGAACAUCCCUUCCAGUGUCUGGACUGUGGGAAGAGCUUCAGGUGGUCGUCCAGGCUGACCCACCACCAGAGGAGCCACAACAACGAGAGACCCUACCGCUGCACCCUCUGCCCCAAGGCCUUCAAAGGCUCCUCCGCUCUGCUCUACCACCAACGGUCACACUCAGGAGAAAAGCCAUAUAAAUGUCAGGACUGUGGCAAAGCCUUCAAACGCUCAUCUCUCCUACAGGUCCAUCAGAGUGUUCACACUGGACUACGUACUUUCUUGUGCCCCUAUUGCCCCCUGACUUUCAAAUGGAGCUCUCACUACCAGUAUCACCUGCGUCAGCACACCGGAGAGUGCCCGUACCCUUGUGACACUUGUCCAAAGGCUUUCAAGAACUCGAGCAGCCUGAGACGACACAAGAAUGUCCAUCUUGGCCUGAAGCCUUACUCGUGCUCGGUGUGCAACAAGUCCUUCACGCAGUCUACCAACCUGAGGCAGCACAUGAGGAUACACACGGGCGAGAGGCCGUACGUCUGCAGUGAGUGUGGACGGAGCUUCACGCAUUCAUCAAACCUGGCGCUGCACAAGAACUCUCACUCGAACCUUAACACAGGUGCCAAGGAGGACAAAAGGGGAGAGGAUGGACGGAAGAGAAAUAAGGUAGUGGAGGUGGUGGUUGGGUCAGAGGAAGUUGCAUCAGCGAUGCUGACAGACAUGGUGGGGUUUGUGAGCCAGGAAGGAACUGAUGGAGUUGGCGUGGGGAUGGAAGAAGUGUUCUUGUCGACCACUUCUUCUGGUCAGAAUCCAGACCUCCUCCCUCAGCUCACUCUCACUCCCUCUGGGGGGGACGUAUGCACGGCUCGGGCCAUCGGGACGGAGGUUCACCUGAGCACUGACACCGGGGCCAGCGUGCUGCUGUACACCUGUGGCAGCUGCAGCCACACUUUCGGCACACGGACAGACCUGGAGGAGCACCUGGCCAUCCACAUGGCUCCAGAGGAACACGGGGUCACUGGAGAGGCAGGACAGGGGGCAGAGAUGGAGGUUGGGGACGGGCUCGUGGGAGCUGGACACCUGCUAGCUGAUUUUGAGGAGGUGGUGGAGACUACCACUGUGGCUGAAAGUGGACACACAGCCGAGGUGCUCCUUGGUUUGACAGAAGGAGCAGAUGGUAGCAGUACUAAUGUGGACACCACCCAGGCCCAGUUUGACCUGCUUCAGCGCUUCACAGAGGUGACUCAGAGCUCUGAGCCUAUUCAGCCAGAGGCCAGAACCACAUGGGCAGGGCUGUCAUGUGGCUACUGCAGUAAGACCUUCAAGACAAGCGGAGGCCUCAAUAGACAUGUUUCACUGAUGCACUCUCUUUCAACGCAGUGCCGCUCCCAGUUCAGCUGCUCCGCCUGCGACCGCUCUUUCCCCCUUCUCUCGUCACUCCUCACCCACCAACACUCCCACACCCCGGAGCAGCGCCUCCUGGCCGAGGCGGAGGCUGAGAUAGUGUGUCCUCCGUCCCUUUCCCUGUCUCUCCCAUUGCCCUCCUCUCCCAGCCAGGCCGACAAGCAUCAGGAUGGCCAGAGAGAAAUCCAAGUCAACAUCAUCACCGUCGGCGAGGAGCAAGAGGAACAGCCGCCCAAACCAACCAAAGCUCAAAAAAAGGCAGGAACCAGCAAGAGCACGCCCGCUGGAGAGAGGCCGUAUCGUUGUUCAGAAUGUGGAAAAGCCUUCAAAGGCUCCUCUGGGCUGAAGUACCACAUGAGGGAUCACACUGGGGAGAGACCAUACCGCUGCACUGAGUGUGGAAAGAGCUUCAAGAGAUCAUCACUGCUCUCUAUUCAUCAGCGGGUGCAUACUGGAGUACGAGCAUUCCAGUGUCCUCACUGCCCUCUUACCUUCAAAUGGAGCUCCCACUACCAGUACCACCUGCGGCAGCACACAGGUGAGAGGCCUUAUGUGUGCAAAGAGUGUGGCAAGUCUUUCAAGAAUACUAGCUGCCUGCGGAGGCACAGUCAGAUGCAUUCAGGACUGCGGCCUCAUACAUGCUCCAUCUGCUCCAAGUCUUUCUCUCAGACAUCAAACCUCAAACAGCAUGAGCGUACCCAUUCUGGCGAGAGACCUUUCCAGUGCACACACUGCAGUAAAAGUUUUACACACUCCUCCAACCUUCAGCUCCACCUUCGCACACACUCGUCACGCAAGGACUUCAAAUGCCCGUACUGCUCUAAGGAGUUUGUCAUACACUCAUACCUGCAGAGACACAUCCGUACCCACGGCAGCAGCAUUUCCCUUCCCAGCCAUGGUGGUGGAAGUAAAGACGGCGUCGCUGUGAAAGCCAGUGUGGGAGGAGUGACCACCACCACAACCCUUUUCAAUCCCAUCACCCUGGAAACCUCAGGAAACAGUGGCAGUCUGAUUGUCUCCCAGCCAGCUCUUAAUAUUCCCCCCAACACCUCCCAGAACUACUUUAUGAUUCAGACAACAAACGGCCUGCAGCUUAUUCCUCUGUCAUCCCCUGCACCACCUCCUCCACCUCCUCCACCGCCUCCAGCUCAGUCACAGAACUUUCUCCUCUUUCAGUGUCUUUCUAACAAUGGCAGCCAAUCCAAGUUGAUUCUCCUCCCUGCAGCGAACAAUCCUCCAGCAGCUCCUGAUCUUCAGCCUCUUCCUGUGCUUCAGACUAUUCAGGCAUUCCAGCCCGUCCUCAACCAAACGCAGACUCAGAUAGCCCCAUUUCCAGCUGUUUCCCAGCAACAACAGCAAACCAAGAUCAUGAUCACUCACACUCCACAAGCUCCAGUUGCCAAACCGACGCACAGCAUCCCACCAAACUCCCUGCUGACCAGACCUAUAUUAGGAAGAAGCACACGGACAGCACGGGGCCGGCGGGGGCGCAAACCGAAAGCUGCUCUUCAGAAAUCUUCAUCAGCUACUGUCAGUCAGGCUGCAGGUGAUAGAGCUGUUCCAGUAACAAACGGUAAUGCUGCUGACACAUCAUCACUGGGGUCUCCAUCCACUGAUUCCCAACAUCCCAACGUGUCAACACCUGAAGGCGGAGAGAGGAAAUCACUUGUGUUGCAGAUCAACAAUGGUAGUCAAGACAAAGAAGAGAAGGAGGAAGAUUUGAGUGGGAUGGUGUCACUUCUGCAGGAGUGGGGUGGAAGAAAGCAGGGGGUGGGACAGGAGGAGAGGAAGGGCAGCCAGAGCAACUCAUAUGUCUUUAGUUUUCACACUGAGACACAGGACGGUGCUCCAUCCACUCUUUCCUUCAACCAAGGGCAGGACAACAGCAUGGAGCUUUCCUGCACACCCACCCAAGCUUUCAUUCCCCUCGAUGGGCAGGAAGUGGUGUUUGACCUCGGUGGGGGAACCAAGAUAGAGCAGGAAGCCGAAGAAGGCAUGCAGAUGAUAGCUCUGAUCGAAGGCGAAGGGGAAAUGAUGGGAGAAGAGGGGGCAAGGUGCAAUGCUGCAAGCGAUGUCGUUUCUGAGCACGUGGAGGACAUGGAAAGUAUAUUUCAGCUGCAAAACGGAGACGAAAUUGUAAUCAUCGAGGUCAGCACCAGCGGGCUACGAGAAGGAAGAACGGAGAGAGGAGCAGAAGGGGAGAUGUCUCCAAGAAGCGAUGAGAAAUACGAAACAACAGGAGAUGCAAAGGAAAAUUCUGUCAAAGAACACAGUUCUGUAAACAACACAGAGGUGCAAUUAUCAGCUGAAGCCACUAGGAAAACGGACUAUGUCUGACUGCGUUAACAGAGAAGUGAACACCUCAUUUUGUGGGUUGUUUGGUAGCACUUUAAGUUCUCCAGGACCUGAGAACAGUCGUACCGUUAGACGAGCAUUGUGUUGUAAUACAAUGGUGUCGCAACUAGAAAUGUUAUACAUUCAAAUAGGCUGAUUGAUGGACCUCAGAAUAUUCCUAUUAGUUAACUUAUACUGUCAUUGGCAGUUUGUUUUAGUAAAUACAGUUAUGUGAAUAAAUGUUGUACAUGCCCCACUUUUCUCACAGGAUUAAUAGCAAAUAGUAAUGAUUUAUUAAUAAAUUGGUUAAAGUA